UCACCAGGAAAAGGACAAAGCGGCGUUCCGUUCGUCUCGACAGCGGCAACGCAAAAGAGGAAGGCAGGAGCAGGAAGAGAGCCGAGAGAGCAGGCAGAGAUGGCGCCCCCGCCCCACCACCACCAGCGGACGCUGCUCCUGUUCCCGCUCGUCUUCCUCCUCCUCCUCCUCCUCGCGCCGCCCCGCGCCGACGCGUGGGGCAAGGAGGGCCACAUCAUGGUCUGCCAGAUCGCCGAGAAGUACCUGUCGGAGAAGGCGGCGGCGGCGGUGCAGGCGCUGCUGCCGGAGUCGGCGGGCGGGGAGCUCUCGGCGGUGUGCCCGUGGGCGGACCAGGUGCGCUGGCACUACCAUUGGUCCAGCCCCCUCCACUACGUCAACACCCCGCAAGUCUGCAACUUCAAGUAUUCUCGUGAUUGCCACAAUUCUCGUGGCGAGCAAGGGAUGUGCGUCGUCGGGGCCAUCAACAACUACACCAAACAGCUCUACAGCUACGGCCAGAAGACUUCGUAUAACCUGACAGAGAGCCUCAUGUUCCUGGCGCACUUCGUCGGCGAUGUGCACCAGCCUCUGCACGUCGGCUACGAGGACGAUGAGGGCGGGAACACGAUCGUCGUGCACUGGUACCGGAGGAAAACAAACCUCCACCACGUGUGGGAUGUCAGCAUCAUAGACACGGCAAUCAAGGACUUCUACAACAAAAGCAUGGAUACCAUGGUAGAGGCUCUCAAGAUGAACCUUACCGGUGGAUGGUCUGAUGACAUUACACGGUGGGAAAAUUGCAAGAACAAAUGGGCAACCUGCGCAAACGACUAUGCCAUUGAGAGCAUUCAUUAUUCCUGCAACUACGCCUACAAAGAUGUGGAGCAAGACAUUACUCUAGGAGAUGAUUAUUUCUUCACUCGAUACCCGGUUGUGGAGAAGAGGCUAGCACAGGCCGGCAUCAGAUUAGCGUUAAUACUUAACCGGAUAUUUGAUGGGGAUAAAGUAGAUGAUAUACCAUUACAAGUACAGUAAUAGUUGUAGUCAAUACAAAUAUAUGUGGGGUUAUCCUUUGUUGCCACUAUUACAAGGAUGGGUACAUUACUACUUUAGUAAAUCAGCAUCAAUUCUAAUAAGGAAGCACAUCAUCCAGAGAAGCGAUUCAGUUUUCUCUGCAUUUGUAAUUAUAAACCUCUUGUUAUAUAUUUUUAAUUAAUACAGGCAGGCAACACCCUUCUGUUGUUCUCUCAAA